CCGUGCCUACGGUGGCCGCAGGGUGGCCGGUGGCAGUGUGUCGUGUCGCGUCUCUCUCAGCGCUCCGCGGCCGGCCCGGAUAGGCGGUGAGGCGAGAGGAGCGGGGCGGCGGCGAUGUCCGAGGGUGAGCAGGCCCGGCGAGGCCCUAGCCCGCCUUUCCGCCGGCAAACCGUGCUCUGGGCCGGGCCCUGAGCCGCCCGCGGCCCGGGAGCGGGGUAAGCCCGCGGUAGGUGCUGAGGAGCCGGCGAGGCCCGGAGCUGCCCCGGCUGAGGAUGGGGAUCCUCUUCACCAGGAUCUGGAGGCUGUUCAACCAUCAGGAGCACAAAGUAAUCAUUGUUGGUCUGGAUAAUGCAGGAAAAACGACCAUUCUUUAUCAGUUCUCCAUGAAUGAAGUGGUGCAUACCUCACCCACUAUAGGGAGUAACGUGGAAGAGAUAGUGGUUAACAACACACGCUUUCUGAUGUGGGAUAUCGGAGGGCAGGAGUCUCUUCGGUCUUCAUGGAACACCUACUAUACAAACACCGAGUUUGUGAUAGUUGUUGUGGACAGCACAGACAGAGAGAGAAUUUCUGUGACUAAAGAAGAACUGUAUAAAAUGUUAGCACAUGAGGACUUAAAAAAAGCAGGUUUGCUGAUCUUUGCUAACAAGCAGGAUGUCAAAGAGUGUAUGACAGUAGCUGAAAUAUCUCAGUUUCUGAAAUUGACUUCAAUUAAGGAUCACCAGUGGCACAUUCAGGCAUGCUGUGCUCUAACUGGAGAGGGACUGUGUCAAGGACUCGAAUGGAUGAUGUCAAGACUUAAGAUCAGAUGAUUUUUAAUGACCUCUUUGCACAGACAUUGCUUAAAAAGAACUGUACCCAGGAUUACCUUCACAGUGGCAGAAUUAAUGGGUUAGAUGUAUUUAUACUGAACUGAUUUCAACUUUAUUUUCUACAUAGAUGCACACACACCUAUGUGUAUAUAAAUUAAGACCAUUCGGCAAAAGAGAGAUGCUGUUAUCGCUCCAGUUUGAUUUCUGGUUUGUUUUCCUCCGAAGAUAAGUUAAAAGCUGUGAUCAACCUUCUUUUCAAGAUACAGCCACUUGGAAUAGUCCAGUGUUGAGUAGGGUGAAGAAGAAGUGAGAGGAAGGAGCUUUUAAUUUUGAGUUUUAUUAUUCCAUUGUAGUCCUCUCGAGUUGAAGAUGCUGGCUUCAUUAUUCCAGUAAAUUAGCAAGCAAAUCAAUGGCAUAGAUAUCAACUUUCCAGUAUUUUUAAGGUUACUGAUGUUACAAAUGCAAAAUAUUUUCCUGUAUGUGUACUGUACAUAUUUGUGUAUAUUUAUACCUCAAUUUUAGGUUAAUUGCAAUCUGUUCAGACCAGUGUGUAAAGCUGAAUCAGUAUGUUGACAGUAAUACUAAUAUUUGACAUCACCAACAUGUCACAAGUUCUUUUCCUUUGUUACCUGUAUGGCUGUAGCAUCCAUCAGACAGUUGGCUCACCACAACUUUAUAAAGAAAACUCUCUUAAGACUGUUGCUCGUUUUUCACAUAAUUUUUCAGUUAGGGAGGCUGCUGUAAUGGAUUGGGGCAUAUAGACUAUGAGCUGUGAGUUACAGUGUCGGCAAACAGUGAACAUUUGCCAAAGAAUUUAAAAUGAAAUGGGGUUUGUCUUUUUCUUUUUUUGUUUGUUUUUUUUUUUUCCUGUGGUAGUCAUAAUUAGAUACGGUGAUUCCAAAAAGUGUGUGUCAUGGCUGUCCUAUUGCUGUCCUAUGGUACUGCUGCUCUUUUUUUUGCAGUACUGUUCAUUUAUGCUUCAAGUCUAGUAGGAGUACCUUUAGCUGUUGUAAAGGGAAAAAUGUCAUCUCUUUUUUUCUUAACCAAAGAAGAGGCACAAAAGUAUGUUUAAAAGUCCCACUGGAAUCUUAUAAACCAAGUCACAUUCUGUAUCAAGUGUUUUUCAGAGGAAGGCACACUUCUAUAGUGUAAAAUAUAUCUAUAUAUCUAUAUAUCUAUCUAUAUGCAAUGGGUGGAACUGGGAUGGGGAACAAAACAGAUGACACUACUUGAAAAGCUGUACGUGACCCAUUCAUUGUGUUCCCACAGAACUUCCAGGGCAGUACUUCUUGAAAAUAAAACUCUUGCAUGGUUCCCAGGUGAGUUACAAAGAAACAUCAGAGCACUAUGUGGUUAUCUUUUCUUCCUUUAGUACCUGAUGGGAUGAUGUCCAUAUGAAGUUGUUUAGAAUUCCUUUUUUAAAGGAUACAGGCUUUUCAGUGGGAUGGGAGUUGGAUGGUUUGAAAUGUUACCACUAUUGUGAAGGUGCACAUAGCCUUAACCAUAGGCUUUUUUAUGUUGGAGAUGGAUGUUUGGGGAAUGUAGCAAAAUGAAAUAAAACUUUGUUUAAAAUCUCCUUCCCUUUGCUCACACAUCUGAUAAGGAUGAAAAAGACAUUUUAAAGAAAAGGUUAGUUUGAACUUUUUAAGGUGCCUAUGUUUGGUUAUGGGAUAAUACACUCAGUGCACCUGCCUUCUCAUUUGCCUCCUUCACUGCAGAUUAUGUGGGGAAUUUGUGGGGAAAAGAAGGGAGGCCAUUUCAAAAGUUUCUGUUUAACAAAAGCAGGUAAAGAAUUUAACUUUUUAAUAUAUUUUUGUUAUCUCUUUAUGAUGCUCACUGGCUAGGGAAUCUGCUGUCUUUGGUAAACGUUUUAAUGUGUACAUGCAUAUAUUUAUAGUGCAUGCACAUAGAUACUGGUAUUUAACUGGUGUAUUGCUAAAAUGUAUAAAUGUUUGAAGAAGUAACAAUUUAAUGCAAAGACUUUCUCAGUUUAUCUGAUAGUAUCCUCAAGAAAUGAGCUCUGUGCACACUUGCAUAUGAAAUGGAAUUGUAUCUUUUCUAGUCUUAAAAAAGAAAAAGCAGACUUGCUUAUAAACCUGAGUGUUUGUUUUUUGAGUCUUAUGUCUUCCCUUUCAUCCCUUUAAAGUACUUUGCUUUAGUAGUAUUAAAUACUGCAUACUUCUGCCUGAAUCAUAGAAUCACAGAGUGGUUUGGGUUGGAAGGGGCCUUAAAGACCAUCUAGUUCCAACUCCCCUUCCAUGGACAGGGACAUGUUCCAUUAGACCAGGUCGUUCAAAGCCCCAUCCCCUCUGCAUCCAGUCUGCACAGGUUGUGUGUGUUGAGUUUUUGUUUUUAAGAAAAUGAGUUACUGGAAGAAAAAUCAUGAAGCAGUAUUCUGCUGCUUACUCCCUCGUUUAAAUUUGUAGGUGUUAAUAUGUCCAUGUAGUGAAAGUACGGUGUUCUUUUACAGGUAUGGCUUAUGUUGCAACCAGACAUUUUGUUUACACAUAGGCAAGCUUACAGUGAUUCUUUUUCCCUCUGGGUAACCUGGCCACUUCCACUUUCUGUAAUGUCUAAGAUACUGCAUGGUUCACUUCAUCUUUGUUUCACAGAGCGUAGCAGAGUUGGGAAUAACUGCACUCAUCAAGACCACCUGUUAAAACAAUGACUUUUGUGCCCUAAAGAGUUUAUAAUCCAAAAAUUAAAUUGUGUGUUGGAUAGUGAACAAUUCAGCCUUAAUUCAGCUACAAAAAAGCACAUACAACGAAGAGUUCUUUAUCGUUUUGUGAUCCCCUAGUAUCUUAGAGUGGAGAUGUGCUCUUCAGGAGUUAGAAUUAAGUGGUGGCUGAUGCCUGCUGACGCAUCUCCUGCCUUACAGCAUUCUUGACAGGGGUUUAGGAAUUGAAGGAAGACGCCCCUUCAUUUUAAAUGUUGGAUUUGCAGUCUCUAGAGGGAUUCCAAAUCCUCACCUUGUGUGGGUGGUGUGAUUGUGCGUUUCAAAGAGAGCAAAGCAGAGUGAAAGGGGUAUGGUAUUAUCCAGGCAUUGCAGUGGAAGCUUUUGUAGGAAAGUUUGCCUGCCUGGAGGCUCUUCAUGAAAACAAGUGUAUGUUCAGAUACUAACAAGAUGAACCUUAGAAGAAUAUACAAGUAUGUACCCUCAGGUAGCAUUGUACUGUGAUGGUCCUCUCCUACAUACCUCCCCUCUUGUGUAAAGCUGGCAAUGCUUUUAAAUUUAAUCCCCUAGUGGAGCUGGAGAAGACCUGGCAAACUUCUGAACACAGAACCCCUUUUUUCAUGUGCUUUUUGUUUACAUCUCUUCUUCUUCCUGUAGGACCUUUUGCAUUUUUCUCAUAGUUGUGUCCAUAGAAAAGCAAGUUAACUUUGCAUCAGUGCUGCUUUCAGCUUCACUCAUUAUUGUUUGGAAGUGAUUGUUUUACCAUGAGUCAUGACCUUGAUUUGUAUUGCUUUUGUAUUUUCACCCUUUUGUGUGUUGUUUUGCCUUUGCCUUCAACUAAAGCUUAACUUUAGUUUGCCUUUGUUCUUCAUGAAAUUCAUUCUUAGGGUAUUCUAAAGAAAAAAGGAAGGGUCUUUAAAAAGGUUAUGUAAGUUUACGCUGCAGAAUGCCAUUUUACUGCUUUUUUUUUCUUUUUUUUUGCCAUUAAGUCAUAUUUCAACAACUUAAUCCUAAAAAUGUUUAUUUUGGUUUAGCAGGUAAUAAGCUUGGUAGAUAAUCUCUAUAAUAUGCUGCCUCUGUGACCUGCAAAUUAUGUAGGUUUUAAAUUGUGAGGAAAUGCAGAAUAUAGAGCUUGGAAAAUGUGAACAGGGAUCUCCAUGGCUUCAUUUAUUUUUUUUACUUUUUUUUUCCAGGUGGCUUAAUACCUGUUUUCCUAUGCAUUAUAUAGUAUGUUCUUAGGUGUAGCAGUGUGAAUGUUAAAUGUAUCUGAUAGGCACCUUCUACCGUCUAUGCAGCUCAAGUGCCUAAGACUAAUUCAGUAGUCGGGGUUUUUCGUCCUAUGCUACAAUUUCCAUUUCCCCUAAAAUAGAUAUAUUUCUAUAAAGGCAUUUAAAUGUUUGUAAAUGAGUGGGUUUUUUUCCCUCCCUUCAUGCUGUUUUUAACAUGAUUUAUGAUAAAUUAAUUUGUUACAGUUCUUUCUAUCCUGAGCAUUCCAAGCACUUUUCCAUUUAUCAGGCUUCACAUAGUUAGCUUGCUUUAUGAAAGGAAAUAUGAAAUGCAUCCUUGUAUCAGACUUGUUAGCUGGAAUUUUUUUCAAGGAACUCUCUUUAAAUAACUUACUUCAAGAAUACUUGGCCUUGUAAGCAUCCUAAUGUAAGUAGUUCCUUUUUAAUUGGUGAGGAAAACAUUAGGCUCUUGUGACUGUCAGACUAACUAUGUCUGAAAAACCGUUUUCACUAAUUCCAAUGAAUGUAAUAUUAAGCCUUGAAUUGGUGCGUUACUGAGUAUUACAGGAUGGGAAUGAUUUAAUGUCACGAAGAAUGGCACUAAGAAAGCAAAAUAUCUCUGCAUAUAGUUAUGAUGUGUAUUAUAAAUACAAAUGUGACUUGAAUAUAAUUGUUGCAGUGAAUAUAUUAAAUGUACAAAAAUGAGAAAUUGUAAGUGGUUGCCACUGUAACUUUUUUACAAUGUGCUUUAGAAUCAUAAGCAGAAAUUAUAUUCUUGCCUUACUAGGAUUUUACUGGUUAAUUUUUAUAUUGUACAGAAAUUGUUUUUGAAAACUUUCUUCAUAUCAGAUAGCCUUUAUCCAUAACAGGGUCACACUCAUGUACUACUCUUAGCCUUUUAAGCCAGGCCUUCGGUGAAUAAGGACACAGGCUGGGUGUUUUUUAAGCUUUUCAUAUUUGUAAAUUUAGAGAACUUAGCUCAUACUGAAUUAAGGUAGAACAUGCUGCUUUACAUAGAAGGCUAUAAAUCAUUGUAAAUCAUCAGCUGUUAACUCUUGUCUAAAUAUGUUCUUCAUCAAACACUGUGGAAGGUUGAAGAAGUGGCCAAGACUUACUCUCCUGCUGAGCCGUUCAAAGAUUGAAAACCAAAACACCUCAGAUUGGAAAGCCUCAGCAUUUUAUGGGUAAUAAAUUGAAGAAUUGGUAGUAUAAGAUAAGAGGAAUGGUAACCAAUCCAGUUUAAACUGUGUGUAUAUCAUGGUUUCAGGAAUGUUUUCAGCAUACCCUUGACCUUCCUGUAACAUGCUUUUCCAAACCCUUUAAUCCUGUGGCCCCAGUUCUGUACUUGGCCUGUACGUGCUGCUCUAAGUGCAAGUCUGCCUUUCUCCAGGAGUCGUCAGAGGGAACUGACCUCUUUGUCUUUAUGCUCUGCCAAGAACUGGAUGAUAAUACUAACCUCCAGCACUAAACCUACAAUCCUUUGAGUAUAAACUUAUCAGAUUAGUAUACUAAUGAUGUAGUUAUGGUAUGGUAUGUUAUCUGUCUGGUUUUAAUGAAUGCAAAAUAACAUCCAUAUAUAUACACUCAUGAAUCAUAUCACCAGAGUCAUACUUAUUUUGAUCACUUGUAUUUUGUUCUUUUCUUUCUAAAAAGUUUGUCUUCUUUCUGAAAGAAAUGCAUAAAGUAUGUGGUUAACACUGAUACUGCAAUAAAAUUCCAUGCCAGAACAUACAAAUUUAUUGCUUCAAAUUAAUAGAAGACUUGCGAGGGCUGGCGCUUCCUGGCUUGAGCACUUCUGUGUCUGGAACUUCCACAUGUUUAUCUAAGUAAUUUGGCUAAAACUUUUUAUACAGCUAUUUAUUAUAAUAAAGUUCAAUUAUGAUUCUCUUAAGUGACUUUUCCUGAAAUUUUAUCAGAAUGUGCCUUGAAUUGUUUCCCCUUUGCUUCUUUCUGUCUUUCCUGGCUUUAAAAAUAUGAUUUUAAUUUAGUUGAAGGGAAUUUAUUCACAUCUUCUGAUUCCUUCAUGUCUUCUCAGUUCUUGUCUUCUUAUACUUUGUGAAACAAAUGCAAAUUUGAUCUAGAAUUGUUGGGGCAGGGAGAUGUGUACAAGCAUAUAUGCACAUUUACAGACAGUGUCAGAAUUGCUAAUUCUUGAGAACCUACCUGUAUUUAUUAAUUUAAGAUGUAAUAACUUGUCAAAAUCUUACUGUUUGUGUUAAACCUUUUGUGUGUGUUGCAGUGAAGCUUUUUAAACAGAGACAAUUUCUGACAUAGUAUAUGGGGUUUUCUUGGUGUUCUGAGGAUGAAGUGCACUGCUCUGCCGCACCUGCCAUUGCGGGGUUUGUAUUAGGAGAUUGUUUAGCAUUUGGGACAAGUUGGGUAGUAAGUACGAAUUGGCUGUUUUCACAUAGAAUGGAAAUUAAAAUGAAUGGUGAAAUGUUCUUUUCCUAUAAAAAUGCUGAAUUCCUGUGGUGUACCACUCCUGCAUAUUCACAUACGACCUGCUGGUAUUUGCAGCCUUGGGAGUGAUAGGAGAUCACAGGUAACUUAGAAAGCAAAAGAGAUGAUGCCAAAGCUGGGUUAAAAAGUACAAUUGUUACAGUACUGUACUAAAGGUGUGCUGCUCUUCGGCUCUGCAACCUGCACAGCCUUGUUCCGCGUGUUAAUUUUGAACUUCUUGCUUGAUUUCAAACUGUGCAAUAUUUGUUAUCCAUGUGGUAAUCUUGUGCAGUAACGUGAUUGCACAGUCAGGUGAUGUUAACAGAGUUCUGAAGAAUCAAUAAACACAUCCCCCCCCCUCUGGUAUGAAGGUGCGAGAGAUGGAAAAGCUUUUCCGCCUUCUCUGUCCUUUGGCCUUUGGUUUCAGCUGUGUGACUAGCAGAAGUCUUCUUCCUUUGUGACUCCCUUUUCCCUUUUGGGUGGGCUUUUUCUCCAGCUCCUCCCUGAUGCUGGCUGGUGUGGCCGUGUCACAUGUUGCUGUACUCCACCCUCCAGCAAUAAUGGUAUGGAGGAGAAGGAAGGGUGAGCUAUCUUCAGCACUGUGCCACUUGGGCUGUACGGAGCUGUUUCUUUUACUCUUAACAAAGCUAUUCCUUGAGUUUGAUACAACUUUUCUGAAAGAUCUUAUUUUCUUCUUGAUUCUGAUUAAAUACAAAGUGAUUGUAAUUCCCCCACCAUUAUCACAUACUCAUUUUUGUCUAUUUCAGUACCAGGUUCCUCUGAACUCUGUUUCUUGGGCCAUGUGCCUGUUGCCUGCCUCUCAUCCCCUUGGUGCUGUCUGUAUCACCACAUUGGUCCAUUAAAAAUACAUGCCAAAAAAGUAUUUCUGAAGGUUCUUAUUCUGGUAUGAUUUUAGCAUUAAAUACCUUUAUUUUAACUGUGCACAAAAAAAAUAUUCACCACUGCUGAACUCCAGCCACUUCUGCAUCCAGCAUCUGAGUAUUUUGUGUAGAGCUGAAAUGAGCCUUGGCACAGUCAUUUACAUCUGGUGUAUGAAACUGUAAAUAGACUUUGACAGAAAAUGCUGUUGCUUUUUGUCUUUUUGUCCUUGACUGUAUGAAAGUUAAAGACUACUGUGUUCUCUUUGUUUUUUUUUUGUUUUGUUUAAUUAAAAUUACAGUAUAUUUUCUCAAUCCUAUUGCCGCUUUUAACAUUACGGGUCAUGUCAUGACUCUUUCCUUGCACAUUGAUUCAUUUUCUCUGAAUAUGGUCAAAUUAGAUGCAAAACUACAGAAUAGUCAAUGUCUUCAUUGACUUGUUACUAACUUUGUUUUGUCUUGCUUUUUGCCCCUUAUUCUUCAGAAUUGGAAGGCUUUUUUCCUCGCCUCACAAUCUAUAUGUGUAUAUAUAUCUGUAGCCAAACAACUGGAGUCAUGCAAAGAGAUGCAAAUCAUGGAAUAGUAACAGUGAAAAUAGUCUGAAUUUUUUGUUCAUAAAUAUUUAGUAUAAAUGGUGGUACUGUUGAAGACUUGCUUCUGAGGUCCUUGUACUGUUGAAUCCUAUCAGACACCCCAUUACUAUCAAUAUGUACAGCUUUGAAACAUGAAUUAAUGGAUGCGUAUUAGAGUUGUGUAAGCAACUAAUAAACCUAACAAUUUGUAUUAAA